GGGAGGGCUACGCUGUUGGAGGGUCAAUAUUGAGUGUGUGCGCGACACUCAGAUGAUCACUUUGUUGGAGUUCUGCACUGUAACGGAGUGCCACACUGGCAGCGGGUUAAUAUUAAGGGAGUGCUGCACUGUCAGAGGGUUAAAGAUGAGGGAGGGCUUCUCUUUGUGGGGGUGGGUAUGAAAGAGAACCUCCCGUUCGGGGAUCAAUAUUAAUGUUGUAGAGUCAGUAGAGAGGCAGUGCUGCACUGUGGAGGGUCAAUAAGAAGCAUGUAGCUCCACUGGCAAGGUGCCAGUGAUGACAGAAUGCUGCACUGCCAGAGGAUCAGCAAUGAGGGAAAACUGUAUUGUCAGAGUGUCUUCGUCAAGAAAGUGCCACUCUGUCGGAAGGCCAAUAUUAAGGGAGUGCUGCACUGUCACAGGAUCAAUAUUAGGGGUGUGCUGCACUAACAGAGGGUCAGUGUUGAUUGAAUGCUUGACUGUUGCAGAGCCAGGACUGAGGGAAUCCUGCAUCGUUACGGUGUCAUCAUUGAGGGAGUGCUGCACUGUUGAAGGGCCGAUAGUAAGGGAGUGUGACACUGUCAGAGUGUCAUUACCAAAGUACCACGCUGAGUAUUGUUAUCCCGAUAGUUCUUUCGUAUCAGUCCGUGUGUAUCAGUCUGGGCGAAUGUGCUCAUGUGGUCUCAGGAGUUGCGGAGGUCACGGCUCUGGGACAGCCGUUUCAUCGCCCUAUGCUGCAGAACCUGCCCCGGAAGAGAGAGCCCAGAGAAUUGCCAAAGCUGUCCGCAAACAGUCAAUAGAAGUGAAGGAAAAUUGGGAACAACUGAAAAUCCGUGCGAGCAACUGGCAGAAACGGGUGGAAAAGGCGUUGGAGAAACUUCAAGAACUGCAGAAAGUUCUGGAUGAUCUUGAGGCUCAUGUGAUAACAGCUGAGGGGGUCCACACUGAUUGGCAACCUGUGGGUGACCUGCUUAUUGACUCAUUGCAGGAUCACAUUGAUAAAACCACAGGUAAGGACGAUCUUCAAAAUCUGAGAUUGGGUUUUGAAAGACAGCAGCCUUUGUUUUGGAGAGAUAAUGGGAACUGCAGAUGCUGGAGAAUGCGAGAUAACAACGUGUGGAGCUGGAUGAAGACAGCAGGCCAAGCAGCAUCUUAGGAGCACAAAAGCUGACGUUUCGGGCCGAGAACCACCUUCAGAAAAUGGGGAGGGGGUGCGGGUUCUGAAAUAAAUAGGGAGAGAGGGGGAGGCGGAUGGAGGAUGGAUGGAGGAGAAGA